AUGUCGAUUUAUCCUCUUACAUCUCCGCCUCCGCUAGCCAGUCUCUCUGCUGCAUCGUGUACUCCCGUCGGCCGCACACCACCUCGCUUACCUUCAGAAGCGGCAGCGAUUUCGGAGGGGAAACCGUCCGGUUCCGCCGCGAUCUGAGCCUGAUCCAAUCCGCUCUGUUUUAGGGUUUUCAAAUUAUACGAGAGAUCCAUGGCAGAUCGGUCUGUAGUGGCAACUAAGCCGAUAUGGAUGAAGCAGGCAGAGGAGGCCAGAAUCAAGAGUGAGGCGGAUAAGGACGCUGCUGCCAAAGCCGCAUUUGAGGCCACUUUCAAGGACGUUGACAAGGCAAAAGCUCGGAAUGAUUCUUCGGAUAGCGAUGAUAAUGAGAGGGAUGAGGAUGAAUUGCCUAACAAGCCCAUUGGUCCUGUUGAUUCUUCCAAGUGCUUGGCUGCUGGUGCUGGCAUUGCAGGCGGAACUGCGUGCUCUCCCUCUACCUUUAGCAUUCUUACUAAGGACUCAGAUGGACGGAAAAUUCCCACUGGCGGUUCCCAGAUCAAGGUUAAGAUCUCGCCUGGUGUUGGUGUUGGUGGAGUGGACCUGGAGGGCAUGGUUAAGGACCAGGGGGAUGGCACUUAUGCGGUAACCUAUGCUGUGCCCAAGCGUGGGAAUUAUAUGGUUCAUGUGGAGUGCAAUGGAAAGCCGAUCAUGGGCAGCCCUUUUCCGGUGUUCUUCAGUACUGGUCCCGCCAUCGGUACUACUACUUUUCCUACCACCACAACGUCUUACCAUAAUUUAGUUAAUCAGACAAUGCCUAACAUGCCGAAUUACUCUGGCUCUGUCUCGGGGGCAUUUCCUGGACUCCUUGGAAUGAUUCCAGGGGUCUCCUCAGGUUCUUCUGGAGGAGUGGUUCUACCAGGGGUAGGAUCAUCCCUAGGAGAGAUAUGUAGGGAGUAUCUGAAUGGACGGUGUGCAAGUACUGAUUGCAAGUACAGCCACCCUCCUCAUAAUUUGCUGAUGUCGGCACUAGCAGCUACAACAACUAUGGGGACCUUGAGUCAGCAGCCAAUGGCUCCUUCUGCUGCUGCGAUGGCUGCAGCCCAAGCAAUAGUGGCAGCUCAGGCACUUCAGGCACAUGCAGCUCAGAUGCAAGCACAGGCCAAAUCAAUAGGAGAAUCAUCUGACUCUAUGGACAAGGCUGGAAAGGCUGAUGCUUUGAAAAGGACGCUGCAAAUUAGUAACUUAUGCCCUCUUCUUACUGUUGAUCAGCUUAAACAGCUUUUUGGUUACUGUGGUACGGUGGUGGACUGCACGAUUACAGAUUCAAAGCAUUUUGCUUACAUAGAGUAUUCAACACCAGAAGAAGCUACUACAGCGCUGGGAUUGAACAACAUAGAUGUUGGAGGACGACCAUUAAAUGUUGAGAUCGCUAAAACCCUCCCUGCCAAAUCCUCCGUAUUGAACUCUUCUUUGCCUCUUAUGAUGCAGCAAGCCGUUGCUUUGCAACAGAUGCAAUUUCAGCAAGCUUUACUGAUGCAGCAAACAAUGUCAGCCCAGCAGGCUGCUUCUCGAGCUGCAACAAUGAAAUCUGCAACUGAGAUGGCAUCUGCCCGUGCUGCUGAAAUCAGUAAGAAGUUAAAAGCUGAGGGCUUGGUAGAUGAUGAUAAGGAAGUUAACAAAAAAUCCAGAUCACCAGCUUCUCCUCAACAUAGAUCUAACUCUCGAUCACAAUCUCCUAUCAAGUUCCGGCGGAGCAGGCGAUCCCGGUCUAUCUCUCCUGUUAGAUACACUAGAGAUCGUGGGUCACCACCCCUCGUAAGAUCCCGUAGAUCACCAUCCCCAAAAAAAUCCCGCAGAUCACCACCCCGAAUUAGACCUCGCAGAUCACCAUCCCCCAUAAGAUCCCGCCGUCGUAGUAAUGAAAGAAGGCAGUACAAAGACCCAAGGGAUAGUUACAAUAGAGUUGAAAGGUGGGAAAGAGAGAGAUACCAUGAUAAGGGAAGCUCACGUGAUCACUAUUCCUCUUCUUCAAUGAGACGCAGGAGUAGGAGUCCAAGUCCUCUGCUGAGAAGGUCAUCUCGGGCAAGUUCCAGAUCACCAAAGCGUUAUAGAGGAAGUAAAAGUCCCAGACCAAAGCGAUCAUUUCAACCUGGUUCAAGAUCUCCUAGGCGUCAUAGAGGAAGCAGGUCAUCUCCAGUUCGGGACAACGGAAUUUCAUCCAGUCGUGGAAGGCACUCAAGGUCUAGAUCAGCUGAGAAAAGGAAUUAUUCCAAUGAAAGAGAUGAAGCUGGAAAAUUAGAAAAGCUGAAUCAGGAGUUUAAGAAACUUGAUAGAGCCAAGAUAACAGAAGAAAAAAAUGCUAAUGAUACUAAAAGUUCUAGGGAGACUAAAGAAGAUGAGAACUUGGGUCUUACAGGAAGCUGCAUAUCUGAAGAUGUGGCUGCAAGGAAUGAUCAAGCUUCUGGCCACUAUAAAAAAUCUAAGAUGGAUGAAAGUAAUUCAUUAAUACAAGAAUCCCUAGCAAGGGAGGUAAACCCUAUUGGGGAAGAGAUGGAUGUUGUUGAAGAUAGGAAGUUUGUUGGUUCAGAAAAUUCAAAAUCAUCACGGAAGCAAAUUUCAGGAGAUGUCAAUGAUAUCUACUCUGAAAAUCAUAAACAUAGGAAAGUUUCAGAUAAUGCUACUGAUGGUUAUCAUGUUGAAAACAGAGGAUCUAGCAAGUAUGAGAAAUCAAGUAGAAUUUAUAGAAAACAUGAAAAACUAGACUUUGCUACAAAGGAAAGAGAAUAUUCACAUUCCAGAGAUGAUAGAAGGGCGUCACAUUAUUCGAGCUCAAGAUCACACAGAAGUUCAAGGCAUUUGGACGGAAGAUCUUCCAAGGAUACCAGCAAUCGAGGAAAGAAAGAAUAUGCAGAAGUGGAGUAUACAAAACAUCAUAGGAGUGGAAGUGAAGCUAAAGAAUCUACAUAUUCAGCUAAAAGGAAGGAUAGGGACAUUUAUUCCACCGUGGCACAGCCUGAUGGUUCAGACUCUUCUGCAACUGAGGAUGCAACACAGCAACGUGAUCAUUUUGAUGAAAUUGCCUCGGUGGUUGUCAAACAAAAUGUUGCUGCUAAUGGUGAUCCAGACAUGGGAGAGGAUUGUACCUCUGGUAUAACUAGAAAGCAAUGUCUGACAGUUGGAUAUCCAGGAACAUCUAUUGGGGCAAUAGGUGAUUAUUCUGUAUGUGUGGAGCCAAAACUGGAUGCCAUGACUUCAGGAAAUCACAAUCACGAAGAAUUUGGCGAUGAAUUUGGCAAAAAUGUUGAUGAAGUAAAAUCAUAUAACCAGAAAUCAACAGAAAUGAAUAUGUUAAGUACUCAUCAAGAUCAUUUUAAUCAUGACUCAAUUAUAUUUGAAAGUGAUCCGAAAAUUGGAGAAACUGAUAUGAUUAGUGGGCAUAUCAAAUGUAAGGCUAUGGUAUCUGGCGAGGCUGAGAAUGUUGAUGUACAUUUCUCAGGGUUUGCUGGUCUCAGGAGUGCUGAUGUUUUAAAAGAAGAUGAUACAUUAGAAACAGGGUGCAUGGAAGUUUCACGUCCUCAAGAGUGCAUAAAUCAUGAACCAUUAAAUAAUGAAGAUGCGCUGGUACAAGAAGUAGAUGUGAUUCUAGAGUGGGAGGUUGUUUAAAAUAGGAUGCUAAAUUCUUGCAAGGAAAAACUCAUUAAGGGUGCAACUGAUGACUUACUACUUUAGAGACGAUCUUGUGAAUUCUUGAGCAAGAUUGAAUGAGGAAAGACUAAUACGCGCUUUGUCAGCAUUGCUGCAUUGACAAGCUUAUUUUAACUUUUUCUGGAGACCUGUGCCCAAUAUACUUAGAUGAUAGAACUUGAUAGUUAGUUUUCUUCUGAUCGGCAGUUUUACUUGCAGGACCUGAAGCUCUAGAUCUUGCAGGAGUGGCUCAAGUUAGCACAUGAGCGUUCGUUGUGAUUUCUGACUAGCAAAUGAAAGCCAAAUGCUGCGUUUAAGGAAAUGAAACUUCGAAAACUUCCAUAUCUUAAGAAUUGUUCUGGGAUUCCUUGCUGUGUGCUCCUGAAAUGAUUCUGUGGAUGAUGAGACAUUUCUUUUCAUGAGGAUUCAUCAUUCAAAGUCCUGGGCGAUGGCAAGUGUUCUCUGGUCAUUGAAAUUCACCGAGGGGAACUUGAUGAUAUCUUCAUUCAGUAAAGGAUUGCUAUCCUGGAUUAGUGCUUUGACCCUUGGAUUGUUGUUUGGAGUAUCUGAAGAGAGUAUCUAAAGGUCAUCCUCAAUGCUAGUGACGAAGGAUUUCCAUGAAGGGUUUCUCAAAUGCCUAUAUUUAUCAGACAUCUUCAAAGAUGACUAUUGGAUUCUAGCAAAUUUGAAAGCUUGUAAUUAUCUUGGAUUCUUAUGAUAUUUAUCGCUCACACAUAAAUGCAACUUUUAAAGGUUCUCUCUUUUGGGAGA